AUGGCUCUAGAUGAUAAGAUGGUAGAGAUUCUAGUAGGAGUGAGUAUGAAGAUUAAAGCAUUACCUUUGAGUCCCCACAACCACGGGGACCGAUGGAUUUGGGGAGGUGAUAAGAAGGGCGGGUUCACUGUGAAGUUUGCGUAUCAUAUUGCUCAGAAUAGAAUCCUGGAGGAUGAUUUUUCUACUCCUAACCCUAGUGCCACUCUCUGGAAGCAUCUAUGGCAAGCUCCGGUACAGGGGAAUGUGAAGGUGUGUGUACGGAAGGCAGCUGCCAAUAUUCUUCCUACACGAAGUCGGCUUAGCGAAAGAGGUAUUGAUAUUGAUACCCAAUGCCCAUUUUGUGAUGAAGAAGUGGAAUCUCCUAUCCAUGCUCUUCGAGAUUGUCCUCAUGCAGUAAGCAUUCUUCAAGUGGCUAAUAUUCCCACUCUUACUAAUGCAUCCUGUGUGGCGAAUUGGUUGAUUGCUAUUUACACACUUGCUCCUGCAGCCUUUUCUCCUUUGUUAAUGUUGAUUUGGGCUACUUGGAGAAAUAGGAAUUCCAGGAUUUGGGAAGAAGAUUGUAAAUCAGCUCAUGAACUGGUGCCUUUGACUCUGGGAUGGUGGAAUGACUAUAAGGCUGCUCAUGUUCAUCCUGUUCGGGAUAAUGGUCUACGGGUCCUCCAUAAGUGGUGUAAACAUUCCUUUGGGUUUAUUAAACUUAACGUGGAUGCUGCUUUCAACAUGGACACAGGUUUGGCUGGGUUGGGUGGGAUCUUUCUGGAUCACGAAGGCUCUGUUGUGGGAGGUUUUCGUCACACUCUGGAGGUGGCUAACUCACCUAGGCAUGCGGAGCUGCUGGCUCUCAUUCACGGGGUGCAGUUAGCACUUGAUCACCAUCUUACCCCUUUGGUGGUAGAAUCUGACUGUAUGGAUUUAGUACAGGCUAUCCCGGGGUCGUCUCUAGACCACUCGGACCUGGGUUUCUUGUUAUCUGACUUGAGAGCCCUAUUGAUUGCGGCUCUGGGUGCAAGAGUUGGGUACGGUAAGCGGACGACCAAUUUAGUGGCUCAUUCUCUAGCGCAAGAGGCCAAAGAUGGCCAGUUUAGUGUGAAUUUCUUCACCAAUUGUCCUCCAAGUGUGGAGGCUUUUGUAUUCUCUGAUUGUAAUGAUUCCCCAUCAAUGAAUUAG